UUUGCCGAGAUAAUCUUUCGCCUGCCAAGGAUUGUUUAAAGUAAGGGGAUGUACCUCAUUGUGGUUUAUCAACAACAAAAAAGGGUGCCCAUCGAAACUGACCAUUCCGUUUCCACCCCCCACUCCCCUUUGUGCACACUCACUCUUGCGAUACAAACCGAAUUGACCGUCACCAAAGCAAACACGAUGGUGUGGGUGGCUGCUGCCGGCUCUAUGUGGUGUGGUGGUGGUGUGACCGAGGUUCAAUCAAACUGUUUAUAUUUCUCAGCCCGGUUACCAAUGGAGCCGUGACGCGGAUUUUCUCCUGACGCCUUGGAUGCCGACUCUCGCUCUCCCCACAACACGGAGGACUUUAUUUAACACAAGCGUAUCGGUGCUUACUUACUUCGGGGGGAACUGAUCUUGCACGAACACGCUUGGAUAUCGAGCAGAGAGAAACACACACGCACACGCGAAGCUGUGGAUUUUAUCGUAAAGUGUGACCGAAGGAUAAAAAAAGUCCGACCUGUAUCCAGGCUCAACCCCAUCGCAGUACAGAGGGAUACAAGGAGUCCAAACCAACUAAACAUUGCUAUCGAACACCGAGAUGGCCCGAACCAAACUCAAAAUUGAGGAGAAGCGACUGGACUUCGUUUUUGAGAUCCUGAACGUGCAGUUCAACGAGAAGGGGCGAUACCAACUGCGCCUGAUGGUUGAGAACCCCUUGCUGGAGAGCGCGGGCAAGGGUGUGAUGAUGCGUGAGGCGAGCUCCAGGGAAGUGUUGCGCACCAACGCCGUCUCCACCGAUGUCGUGGAACAGGCCAACCUCACCGCCACCUACAGCUUCAAGAAGAGCAAGUUUAUCUUCACCCUGCCUGCAGGCUUCUGCAAGAACGACAAGAACCACGACGUGCGCCUGCGGGCGGUGGCGACGCGCACGGAGGGCCGUGAGCGGCAGCGCGCGGGCGAGGGCUUCUUUGCCAUCUACCCGCGCACCGACACGCCGCGCAUCGACCUGUACGCGCGCCGCGGCCAGGACCUGUACCGCUACCGCGGCGUGCUCGCGCUGCUGCGCGUGCGGCGCGACGAGCUGGCCAUGCACUGCGGCCGCCUCGCCUACGAGGUGGCCCUGCACGAGCACAAGCCGCUGCCGCCACAGCCCCCGCCGCCGCCGCCGCCGCCGCCGCCGCCAGAGACGGCGCAGAAGCACGAUGCCGAGGUCGAGUCUGACCCCGAACGUGACCCUGAUGGCGACUUGGAUUCUCAUGGGAAAUCGAGAGAGGGGCCCGCGGUCAGGGCAGAUGCGGCGUCAGCCUCGUGGGAUUCAGCAGCGCGUCAAGAUUCACCUGCCGACGAGCCUGGCCAAGAGCCGUUCGGAAACGCUUCCCCGUCACCUCCGGAGUCGGAAGAGGAGCAGGUUCCUCCGUCUCCACCCUCAUCCCCGGAGCCACGCGUCGCCUCUCCGUGGCCUCGUGCCAGAGGGCCGCUGCGUAUCGUUUCUCCGGACAGUGGUGCCGAGACCUCGCCCCUGCAACACGUAAUGGAGAGAGCGGCGAGGCCCUCGGAGCCGCCCGUCAAUGCUGCCACAAAUUCCUGCCACGUGUCGCGCCCGGGCAAGGAGACGGUGACGCUCAUUCUCCACGGCGUGAGCAGCCUGCCCCCGCCGAGCGACGGAGGGGUCCCGCGGCCAUUCGCCGCCGUAAAGAGUGACACAGACGAGCAGCAGAGCAGGGCAGCCCAGGGCGUGACGCACGCAAGCAGCCAUCCCACACACUCGCCUUCGUGGGAGGAGACCGUCAGUGUGGAGAUAGACGAGAACAAAGCAGAUGAUGAAGUGGUGGUGGUGAACGUGGCAGAUGAAAACACCAAGGAGCUUCUAGUCAGCUAUAGGUUGCCGGUCUGGUAUUUGCAACCGUUCCACCACUACCACCUGGAACUGGUCAAGCCUGACAAGCGGAUCGCGGUUGGGAUCCGGCUGUUUGCCAGCGUGGUGAGGAAGGGCAAGGCCAUUCCCAGGCAGCACGGCUUCGCCUUCACCAGCUUGGAGGUGCUGCUACGGGCCGUAGAGGAGCCCCUGAAGGAUCCGGCAGGGCCCAUCCUAGCUGCCGCCCGCAUUGUGCCCGACUUCGUCAGCUACAGGAACUCCCUGCUUCAAAGGACUCCGAGGGCCUUCGGGAUCAACAUAACAACAAUUAAUUUCCCAAUGCAGCAUUUGGCAGCAUUCCACACGGUGACCAGCCAGGGCCACCCGCAGGUCUCAGCUGGAGGAUUUCCUAAGGAGCAGCCCCAAUGGGACCAUACCUUCUUGUUCCACAGCAGAGAUUGUGCCACCGCUUUUACAGCUGAUGCCGCGCUCAUCUUAGAGUUUUACCAGCUUAGCACAGUGAUGAACGCUGCAAGCUGGCACUCCGGCAGCCCCGUUGGCAUCUCGGUGGUGCCGCUAGGAGACGACAUGUACCACCGGCUCAUGGAGGAGGGCUGCAAGCAGGGCAUUCGCCUCGACCGCGUGCCCGUUCACAGUAAAGUCUUGAAGACUCGGGAUGACGGCAUUCCAUCUGUUGGUUUGAUUCUACGUCUUAUUGAGUCUGAGAGGCCAGACUCACUGUUGACGACGGUGGACCCUGGCAGCUUGCCGGUUCUCAACAAUGCCAGGGCGGUGUCCCCCCUCUUCCCCCCGUUUGGCCCCAACGACAACGGCGGAGAAGAGGGGGUGGAGGAGGGCACGCGGUCAUCUCCUAGGAGACCGCGUGGUCCUCAGCAGGAAGCUCGCCACGCGCAGAAGGAGCCAACGCCGCCAUUCCCUCUGCCCGAUUUCGAGCAGCUCUUCCGUGAGGCAACCCCUACCCAGCAGCGCACGGAGGGGCAGCCGGACUCCCAGACCCAGCAACAACCGCCCACUCGACAGAACGCGGCCACCCACCAAUUGCAGUCGAGCAAGAACUCCACAUCCUCGAACAAAUCAAAGGCUCACCAGGACCAAAAUGACAGCCAGCCACCAGAUAACCUUGAUGGAGAUAUCACCACUAUUCACAAUUACCAGAUAAAGGAGGUGGAGACGUACCGUGUGGGCAUGCGGCGCAUGGCGGAGGACAUCCUGUCCCUGAGAAACGAGGUGAUGCGUCUGGAGAUUGAGAAGAGUGAACUGCGGCGGCAGAUGAGCCUGCACAGGGAUGCAGGACGCUUGCUCCUCAGCGAUGGCCAGUUUGACGUCAUGACAAAGGAAGAGCUCAUUGGCCGGCUAGUGGAAUUAAAACAGAAGCUGGCGAGCGAGACUGUCACUCUACGGAGCUACAAGGAAAAAGUUCAAAAACUGCAGAAUGAAUUGAUUUGGAAAGCCGAUCGGGAGAAGGAGCUGGUCCGGUUGCAGCUGGCUCACCGGCAGCAGCAGGCAGUGCUGCUGCGCUACCAGGAGAGGGCAGCGCGCCCGGCACGGCUGGAAGACACGGUGCGGCAACAGGAAAAGGUGAUAGAAAAAAUGGAAAAAUUGCUGGAAAGAAGCGUUGCAUCAAAUUCAAAUGGAAAAACUGAAAACAAAUCACAUAAAGGUAAUGAGGGUGAGCGCACCACCAGGGAUAUGCAGCUGGUGCUUUUGGUGGAAAAUGCUCGCCUGCGGCAUGAACUUGAGAUGAUUCGGGCAGCUGAUGUCAUCCCCACCAUUCACAUGGUGGAGCCCUUUCAUGACCAGGAGAAAUUGGGUCUUCUUGCUCGACUGGAGAGAGCAGAAGGUCGCACACACUCGCUGGAGGAACAGAUUCAGGAAAAUGCGAGAAGAUGGGGCCAAGAGAAGCAGGACCUGUUGGACCGACUGACGGAACGGCAGCAUGGUUUCACCAGAACGUCUACUCUCAUCUUUGAUGACGCGUCACCAAGUGACAUCAUGGAGUCUCCAAGGAGGCAUGGGCAGUUGGAUCCAUUGUAAUGGUCAAUGAAUGUUUUGAGAGCAUCAAGGUAGCUUAUAUAUUUUUUUAUCUUAUUCACAGUGGAGACACGUAUUUGAAGGAAAAAUGUGUACUAAAUAAAUUAUGGAGUUUACAUCAAUACAAUUGCGUUUUUUAAAAUAGCAUUGGAAAUAUUUCAAUUGUUUAAAUGUCCUCUUAUUACACAUUGCACACGUUCUAUUUAUCAAUAUAGUUUGUGCAUUUUUAAUUAUGAAAAAAAAAGAAAUGUAUUACUAUUACUGUACUAAUUUAGUCUGCGAUGUGCAAGGUGAUUAAUUUAUAGAUACCCCCACUGGUUUCUAACGACCCCCUUGAUUGCGUAUUAACGUAGCAGGUGACUGAAUAUUGUAAAAGUGAUGGCUUCAUAUUUUACACGGGCGAGAGUUAAAAUAAUAGGAGUGGAGUGAGAUUGGUGGGAAACGUGUGCAGGCUUUGAAAUCAAAUUUUAGUUCUCUCUGUUAUUUCUCCCUGCGUUAUUAUUGCUUUAUUGCCUUAUCUGUAUGCUGGGUGAACCCUGUAUAUCUCAUUAUAACUGCAACCUUGAAAUUGUAUGAUGAGUUUAAGCCCUGACCAGGGUCACCUUAGCCCCAUCGCCCUUCUUUGGAUUAGUGAUCAGCCAAAAAGAAUAAACGUUUAUUCAGGUCGCUCCUGUGCUGUUCUAUUCAAAUAUUUGUGCCCACCAUACGAACGUGCCAUUUCUACCAUCAAAUCAAAACCACCAGAGGAGAUGGCCACCGUCCAAUACUUGUUCACGUUGGGAAUCUUGAAAGUGUUUAAUUAGAUAUUCCAACUCAAUAAUGAUAUGAAAUGUAUGUAAAUGGUAUAUUUUAUAUAUCCAUGAUUAUGUAUUUAAUAUUAUUUGGAGCAAAAAAUAUAUAUGUACUGCAUUUACUGUCAAAUGCUCUGUGUAAAAAUGCUGCAUUUGGCUAACAAGAGUCAGCCAUGCGUGGGUAGAUUUGUUGAUUAACAAGUUUACAACUGUUUUUAGAAUAACGUUAUUGUGUAUUAUAAUUGUCUUAUUAUAAUUGCAAUAUUAUAACAAAAUCGAACAACGUAUCAGUUGUACUACAUUGACACGGAUGAUAUUGUGUUGGCUUCUCAGUGAAAUUACAGUGCAGUCAAUGUAACUAAGGAAUUGUAAUUAGUUGCAUUUACACUAUGGUCUUCCAAAUUGAUAAAUGUUUUAAUCUAACAUUUAGGAAUGUUGUUAUAACUCCAACUUGAUUGCAUCCGAUUAAUGAUGCGUUUAUAAUUUUGAGAGGCUUCACAGUUUUGAUUAAAAAUGUUAGAAUCUUCACUUCGACAUUCAGUGCACAGGUGCGAUGAGAUGGUUAAUAUGAAAGUGAUCAACGUAUUUUUACAUAGCCCAUAUAAAAUGUAAUCCUGUCGAGUAUUGUAUAACAUCGCUCAUAACAUGACUCCUAAAGUUAUAGAAUUUUCACUCCAGAAUCCUUACUCAUUUGUAAAGGCCAUGAUCCACUGGGGGGAAUUUUAGAGCAAUGGUUUGCUGGCAAUCGUCACCGUAAAUUAUUGGGGCAGCUUGUUGCAGACAUUUGGGGUUCGAAUCUGGCAGGCCGCCCUGUUAAUACUGCGGGUGUAUUGACCAUAACAUGCCAUUUGCUAAAUAUUGGAUGUUAUAGAUCCCUUAAUGCCAUUCUAAAAGAGUAGGACUUUGUGUGCAGUCGUCGUGGUCCAACUUAGACAAUUUAUAACAUUUUCCUUCAAAAUGCUCAAUUGGGAUUGCACAUAGCAACAUCGCCCCUACUGCAAAACUACUGCAGACUAUAUUUCACACCUCCAAUUAUCACGGUUGGCUACGUAUGGUGCCAAAGAAGUUCAACAUAUAUACAUACAUGAAACAGCGCUUUCAGAUAGCCUUGCGCUACAAGAAUGGCGUGAAUGCCAAACCUACUCAUGAUUGAUUUCAAUGAUUGGCACCAGCAUUUUUACAUUGUAAAAAAAUAGAAUUUCCCCAAAUCUGAACAAGUCCCAAGUGGGCCAUUCGGACAGCAGCUUCCAAUCAGAUCAUCAAUCAUGAGAAAGCUCAUGAUUGAUGUCAAUCUGUGUACGUAAAAAUGAUGGCAUCAGGUCACUGCGUGAGUAGGCGAUGAUGGUUAUUAUUUUUUACUAUAUUUUACCCAUGAUAAUCUCACUGAGUCUCAGCAGUGAUUUUCAAAAUGGUCUUGUCAAGUUUUUGCAGUUGGGGCUGGUGAUUGCGAUGUAUAUUCCAAUUGAGUAAUUCGCAGGUAAUUUUUCAAAUUUAGAAAAUGCGGACCAUGAUGCCUGCACACAAUGGCUUACUCUUGUGAAUGACCGAAUUGGAUCUUUCGUGUCCAUUGUGCAGUAGAUGUAUGGUUUGGUGGUGUGAUGUGAUGGUAUAGUGAGAUGGUCUGUGGUGUUGUGAGAGGGUGUUAUGGUGUGGUGAGAGGGUAUGAUGAUGUGAUGGCCAGUAAUAAUAAGAAUGCGAUUUAUAACGCGCAUAAUAUUUCACAGCCCUAUAUCACCAUGGCUGAGGCUGUGACUUAAGUUUCGCUUAAGAGCAGAUGUCGAGUGAAUGCCGUGAAUGCGCAGUGGGAUGGCGUUCUAGAUGGAGGAGACUGCCACGGGAGAAAAAGGACGCGUGGCAGUGACGGUCCUGGUUCUUGAAGUAGGGAGGAAGUUGAGAGUUGCGUUGUAGAGAGACCUCCCAUAAGCUGUAGUAAGUACAGGGUCAAGGGAGUGAAUGAAGAUACAGUGGAUAACGGGCAGCAUAGGCAUGGGGUCUUGUAGACGACCCUGCUGGCAAUGGGAAUCCAGUGGAGGGAGCAGAGAGAGGUGAGGCAAUCUAUGUAUCUAUGUUGAACUUCUUUCGCACCAUACUUUGCCCACCGCUCUAAUCGGAGGUGCGGGGGAAGGACAACAAACUAAACACAAAGAGCAGUUCUAAAGAAAUCAGUUUUCAAAAUAGAUUUCAAAGUGCAUAGCUUCAGUGGCUUCCUAAUAUCGGAAGGAAUAACGUUCCAGACGGCCGCAGAAGCACAUCUGAAAGCGCACGCGAUGCAGUGACUGUCUUUUGUUGUAGAAUGUUCGAAAUACCCCCUGGAGGACCUGUCUAGUGCUCCCUCGAGUGGAAACCUCUUUAUCACUUUUACCUUUUGUCACUUCUACUGGACAUUAUGAAAAAGAGCUUCAUAGCUCAUCGGAUUCCUCCAAGGAUAAAUAAAGAUACUGACGAAGAUUCUGAUUCUCUUUUUUUCCGAAUGUGUAAAACAAUUAAGAGUCGG